AUAUCGCGUACUUUUCAUCAUUUUAUAUAUUGUGGUUCAUAGAAUAGUCGUUUAAGUUGACCCUUCUAUGUAAUCUUUAUAGUUUUUUCGAAUAACUUGUUAACAAAAUUUAGCGUUAGUUGAUUUGGGAAUCGGUUCGUAAACGUAAAUUUCUGUGGUAUAGAAAAAGAGUCUAGGUGUUCGAGAAAAGUGGUGCGCAAUUGGCCCUCGACGAGGGAGAAUCGAAAGCGUCGAAAGUAACGAGUCAUCUACCGAUUCAAGAUGGCAGAAGGUCAGGAUACUCGAAAGAAAAUUACUGUUAACGUCAAAACGCCAAAAGAAAAACAAACUGUCGAGAUUGAGGAGGAUGCGAGUAUUAAGGACUUCAAAGAAGCAAUCUCGAAGAAAUUCAAUGCACAGACAGAACAAUUAUGCCUAAUCUUUGCUGGGAAGAUUAUGAAGGAUCAUGAAACUUUGAGCACACACAAUGUGAAAGAUGGGUUGACAGUACAUCUGGUUAUCAAGGCACCACGCACUCCCACUAAUCAAAGUCAAGACUCUACAUCUCAAAGAUCACAAGCUGACAUAAACGCCAGUCCUUUCGGAUUAGGAAGUUUAGGAGGACUUGCAGGUCUGACAUCGCUUGGUUCAGGGUCCACUAACUUUAUAGAUUUACAACAACGUAUGCAACGUGAACUAUUGUUAAAUCCAGAGGCGCUGCAUCAAGUACUUAAUCAUCCAUUGGUGCAGAGUUUGAUGAAUGAUACAGAAAGUAUGCGUAACUUGGUUGCAGCUAAUCCACAAAUGCGAGAAUUAAUGCAAAGUAAUCCAGAAAUUAGUCAUAUGCUGAAUAAUCCUGAAUUGUUGAGACAAACGAUAGAGUUGGCACGUAAUCCAUCAAUGCUUCAAGAAUUAAUGCGUUCCCAUGAUAGAGCUAUAUCUAAUUUAGAAAGCAUUCCUGGCGGUUAUAGUGCGCUUCGUCGCAUGUAUCGUGACAUUCAAGAGCCCAUGUUUGCUGCAGCAGCAAAUGAACAAAAUCCGUUUGCAGCGUUAGUGCAAAAUAAUAGUAGCGAAGAUAGCCAAAAUAAUCCACAACAAGGUCAAGAAAAUAGAGAUCCAUUGCCAAAUCCUUGGUCUCAGAAUCAAAGCGACAGUUCAAAUCAACAACCGCAACAGCAACAGCAGCAACAGCAACAAGGAAGAGGUCUAAUGAAUUCACCAGGAAUGCAAAGUCUUGCAGCUCAAAUGAUGGAAAAUCCACAGUUAAUACGAAAUAUGUUAAAUGCUCCAUACACAAGGUCUAUGUUAGAAGCUUUGGCAGCAGAUCCAGCUAUGACCAAUAGAAUGAUAUCUGCUAAUCCUUUUCUUCGAGGAAAUCCGCAGAUGCAAGAACAGAUGAGAGCCAUGAUGCCCGCGUUUAUUCAGCAAAUGCAAAAUCCUCAAAUUCAAAAUGUCGUCACCAAUCCGGAUGCUUUAGCUGCUAUCAUGCAAAUUCAACAAGGCAUGGAACAGUUACGUACUGUUGCCCCGGAUCUUGUUGAAAACAUGGGUCUGACUGUACCGCCUACGACUACAACACCUAGUGGAGGUACAACAAAUCCACCGACGACGGAAUCAUCAGACACGAACCAACAAGAUGCUGCAUUCUCUCAAUUUAUGGCACGCAUGGUAUCUGCAAUGGCGCUAAAUCAAGGCGUAGAAGUUGAUGGCCAACCUGUUCCCCCACCGGAAGAACGUUACAGAGCUCAAUUAGAACAACUUACGGCUAUGGGUUUUGUUAAUAGAGAAGCUAAUUUACAAGCACUAAUCGCCACAUUUGGAGAUAUAAACGCUGCUGUUGAACGACUACUAUCUAACGGACAAGUGUCUAUGAGCUAACCACCAAUAUGCAAUACUGUUAUUCCAUUACUAUUUCUAAUUUUUUCCUUAUUUACCUCUUACAACAAGCGUAGUGAGAGAUAUUUAAGGUAAUUGACUGUCAAAACAGGAAAAAAAAUUAUAAACUUCUACCCCAACUCUUGACAGAAUACACGCUACCGACUCGUUCAAUACGCAUUUUUUUAUUUUUUAUUGGUACUUUAUCGUAUUUUGAUGAUAUAAGUACUGGUAUCUAAAUGUUUAACUUGUUAUAUUUCACGAUAUAUUUCACUCUUGAAAUUUUCUAGUUUAAUUCUGUAUUCUGUAUUUCUCGAUGUGCUCUAAGUACUAGAUAGCUCUGUUAAUGUAUUUCGUCGGUGUAAAUUUGUUUAUCAGAUAUUCAAGAGGGUGAAAGAGAGGGAGAAACAGAAAGAGAGAAAGAGAGAGAAUGCGCGCGAAUGAGAGAGAGAGAGAGAGAAAGUUAUAUUAGAUUGUAAUACGAAGGACCUACCCUUCUUCUUUGUUAUAUUGUACAUUUAUGGUGUUUCUUAGAAACAGUGGAACCUGCAUGGAAAAUAGAUUGCCGUUAAAAUAAAUAUGCUUCUGGCUUUGAUCAGUCGAUUGUAAAUUUCAUGAAGAAAAAAAGUCAUUUCGUUUUGCUUAAAUGUAUUAAUCAUAUUAAUAAUCAUAUUAGUAAAUGUAUUGCAUGAAACGUUCAUAU